AAGCGGGAGGGCGGCCAAGGCGGAAGGGAGUAGGGAAGAAAGCGCCGCGCGUUUCCGAGAUACGCAAGCGGGCUCAGCGAGAGAGCACGAAGUAUUUGCCUCUCGCAGGAACGGCAAUUUUCCCUUGCUCGCUCCUAGAAAAGCCAGCCAGGAGCUGUGGGAGGAACCGCCCUCAGUAAAGAUGAUGGCUGUCACCGUUAUCUAAACGCAAGUGAAGCCGAGUCACAGGACCCGGAUGUUGUCAGGUCGACGGUAAACGACCCUGCCAGCUUCCAAAAGGGCGGCUUCACUGUGCGAAUAGGUGAGAAGCCAACAAGGAGGCGCGCUGGCGUCACUUCCGCCCGGUUCUCCUUCCCGCAGUCUACAGCCGGAGUAAGAUGGCGGCGCUGAGGGCUGUGUGCGGCCUCCGGGGCGUCGCGGCCCAGGUGCUGCGGCCUGGGGCUGGAGUCCGACUACCGAUUCAGCCCAGCAGAGGUGCUCGGCAGUGGCAGCCAGAUGUGGAAUGGGCACAGCAGUUUGGGGGAGCUGUUAUGUACCCAAGCAAAGAAACAGCCCACUGGAAGCCUCCACCUUGGAAUGAUGUGGACCCACCAAAGGACACAAUGGUGAAGAACAUGACCCUGAACUUUGGGCCCCAACACCCAGCAGCGCAUGGUGUCCUGCGACUAGUGAUGGAAUUGAGUGGGGAGAUGGUGCGGAAGUGUGAUCCUCACAUUGGGCUCCUGCACCGAGGCACUGAGAAGCUCAUUGAAUACAAGACCUAUCUUCAGGCCCUUCCAUACUUUGACCGGCUAGACUAUGUGUCCAUGAUGUGUAAUGAACAGGCCUAUUCUCUAGCUGUGGAGAAGUUGCUAAACAUCCGGCCUCCUCCCCGGGCACAGUGGAUCCGAGUGCUGUUUGGAGAAAUCACACGGCUGUUGAACCACAUCAUGGCUGUGACCACACAUGCCCUGGAUCUUGGGGCCAUGACCCCUUUCUUCUGGCUGUUUGAAGAAAGGGAGAAGAUGUUUGAGUUCUACGAGCGAGUGUCUGGAGCCCGAAUGCAUGCUGCUUAUAUCCGGCCAGGAGGAGUGCACCAGGACCUACCCCUUGGGCUUAUGGAUGACAUUUAUGAGUUUGCUAAGAACUUCUCUCUUCGGCUUGAUGAGUUGGAGGAGAUGCUGACCAACAAUAGGAUCUGGCGAAAUCGGACAAUUGACAUUGGGGUUGUAACAGCAGAAGAAGCACUUAACUAUGGUUUUAGUGGAGUGAUGCUUCGGGGCUCAGGCAUCCAGUGGGACCUGCGGAAGACCCAGCCCUAUGAUGUUUACGACCAGGUUGACUUUGAUGUUCCUGUUGGUUCUCGAGGGGACUGCUAUGAUAGGUACCUGUGCCGAGUGGAGGAGAUGCGCCAGUCCCUGAGAAUUAUCGCACAGUGUCUAAACAAGAUGCCUCCUGGGGAGAUCAAGGUUGAUGAUGCCAAAGUGUCUCCACCUAAGCGAGCAGAGAUGAAGACUUCCAUGGAGUCACUGAUUCAUCACUUUAAGUUGUAUACUGAGGGCUACCAAGUUCCUCCAGGAGCCACAUAUACUGCCAUUGAGGCUCCCAAGGGAGAGUUUGGGGUAUACCUGGUAUCUGAUGGCAGCAGCCGCCCUUAUCGAUGCAAGAUCAAGGCUCCUGGUUUUGCCCAUCUGGCUGGUUUGGACAAGAUGUCUAAGGGACACAUGUUGGCAGAUGUCGUUGCCAUCAUAGGUACCCAAGAUAUUGUAUUUGGAGAAGUAGAUCGGUGAGCAGCGGAGCAGCGUUUGAUCCCCCAUGCCUAUCAGCUUCUUCUGUGGAGCCUGUCCCUCACUGGAAAUUGGCGUGUGUGUGUGUGUGUGUGUGUGCGUGUGUGUACAUGUUCAUGUACACUUGGCUGUCAGGCUUUCUGUGCAUGUACUAAAAAAGGAGAAAUUAUAAUAAAUUAGCCGUCUUGCGGCCCCUAGGCCUAAA